UUUGCUUUUGUACAGUAAGCUGAAAUUGCCAACUCAACUCUCUCUCUCUCUUCCUCUCUCUCUCUCUCUCUCUCUCUCUAGGUUUCGAUCACGCCCUUUCCACCCUAGAAAACAAGUUGAUGGGUUUUGGUAAUUAGAGCUGAGGAGUGGCUGGAGAUCGAAAUUGAGAGGGAUCAGUCGAAAUUCAGCUUGUUUGUUGGCUUUACACAUGGAUUUUGGAGAUGGGUCUCCUAGAUCUAGAUCAGAGGAGAGAGAGAACGAUGAAAACAGUGGUGAGAACCCUGAAAAUCCCAUGAAUUCUUGUGAGAGAAACCACCAAGACAACAAAGGUGAGAACCCAGAACUCCCCAUGUGUUCUAGUGAGAGAGAGAAGAACGAUAGCACAGGUGAAAGCCCUGGAAAAAAUCCCAUGAGUUUUAGUGAGAGAGGAAAUGAGGAAAAGGAAGAAAUUUUAGAGAUUUCCAAUGAAAGCACAUCAGAGAUUAGCAGUUCUCGUUUAGCAGUGGACGAAGGUCCAGAGAAUUUGAGUGAGAGAGAAAAUGAUCACACCUUAGGUGAAAGUGCCGAAAAUCCCAUAAAUUCUAGCGAGGGAGACAAAGAAGAAAAGGAAGGGGAAGAAAGCCCAAAAACCCCCAAAAAUUUCAGUGGAAGAAAGGAAGAAACAAAUGGAUCGAAUUCUGUAAUUAACCAUGGUCCUGAGAAGAAGGUGGGCGUCGAGACCUCGGUAAAUAGUACUGGGUCUCAUGUGGGAGAAUCAAUGGGAAGCGAUGAUAAUUUAGAGAGAGAAAGAGGGAACUCCAUCGAAAACACUGGAAAGGAAACUGGGUCGCCUUUGGACCGGUCCGAUGUCAAGACAAAGGGAGCAGGGUUGAGGAAAUGGAGGAGAAUUAAGAGAGAAGUUGCAAAAGAUGGAGAUUCAUCUCAAGAUUUGCAUAGAGUGCUUAAGCGAGACUUCUCCAUCGUUGAACAAAUCAAAGCAGGCUCGGUUAAAGUCUUAAGUCAUGAGGAAAAGGUGAAGAGUGAGGGCUCAAUUGGCUCUGCAAAUUCUACACUUGGUCUAAAUCUGGCUCCUGGUAAAGCCAUAUUUGUAGCUGGUAGUGACUCUGAUAAUAGUGAGGAUCGAAGUAGCAAGUCUUCUACAGCAGCUAGUGUUUCUAAAUCAAAACCCAGCAUGAAAGAAUUUAGCAGCAAGUUCAUUUCGAAAGAGAAAUUGAAAACCCCAAUUAGAACUAUGGGGAGUAAUCCUCAAAGGACGAGUCUUCAGCGCAAAGAUUUGGUCGAUGCUAGUAAGAAGCUUAGAGCGGAUCGAGCUGGUUCCAAAAGUGGGAAAAUUGAAAAGGAGAAAGCAAAUAUAGAUAACCACCAUGUUGAGGAGGAAGGUUCAUCUAGUGUGGAGUCUGAUUUGCGAAGCUUGUUCGGGGUUGGAGCUUCAGCAAGUAGUAAUUCUCUCUAUAAAAGCGGUAGUUUCAGUGCUCUUAGUAAUGGGAGGUGGGUUGAGAUGGAAAGAAACCUAUGGUCUUUGAAUUAUGGCGAGGAGAAUGCAAGCUAUGAGCAUCAGAGUGGUGAAGGUUCCCAGAUGAUCCAUGAAGGUCAUGGUGGUUCUCAAUCUAAAGAAAAUGGAGGUGAAAUUGAUUGUGAGUUGAGAGAGAGUGAGAAGGAGGAAUGCGUGGGGGGCUCUGAGGGGCACUCGAAUGGGCAACAUCUGCCACAAAUCAACCCGGAUUCAUUAGAGCAGUCACUCAUUCAGCUCCAGGCUGCGCAAGAAGCCCUUGAGAAAGAAAUUGAAAAAGUGGGUGAAAUCGGAAAGGAAGCCAAUUCUCAACCAUCCAGUUCUGGUGUUGAAUCUGGUUCAUCUGAGCUGAAUCAGAGGAUAAUUCUCUUAGGGCACAAAUUAAAACAAGCAUCUGCAACAAUCGAAGCCAAAGAUGUCAAAGUUCAAGAGCUUGAAGCCCUCUUAAACGCAACAGGUUCAUCUAAAAACCCAACAGGGAACAGCUUUCGGCCAAAUUCACCAGAAAAUCAAAUGGGGAGCAACCUCGACAGAGAUAUGGAACUGGAGCUCGAGCUUCUGUUUGAGGAGAAGAUGAGGGCUGAGAUAGAGUAUCUGAUGAUGAAGAAAACAACCCAAAAACUCGAGAAAUCGGUUCUCGAUUCCCUCUCUCUCCUGGAGGAGAAGGAAAGUUUGAUUGCAGAGCAGGCUCUAGUGGUUGCAAAGUUGAAGGAGAAGGAGGUGCAGGCUUUUGGAUUGGAGAAAAAGGCAAAGAAAUUGGAGGCUUCUUGCAACGAGUUGUUAGAGAGAGAGGAGGUUCUAAAGUUGCAGUGUAAGGUGUGUAAGCUUGGCGUCUGUUGUUUCUCACAGUUGUUUUUGCUUUGUGUUGCAUUUGCUGUGUUCAUAUCGCAGCUGUUGCCCCAGUAUCAAGGGACCGUACCCACUUGAGAGACGAAUGUCUUUUUUGGCUUGUGUAAUUUGUUUAUUAAAUGAAGUUGGUGUUUUUUUUUUUUU